GUCGACGUGACUUUCACUCACUGCGGCCAAGCUGAGUUCUGGGAAGCCCUCGCGGCACUAUGGCAGACUGUCUACUCGUCUGGCCGGGUGCCCAAGCGCUGGCGGGAGGCGCGUGUUUGUUUGGUGCCAAAGACCGCGGGCGGGCAUCGCCCCAUCUCGGUCUUUAGCAUUGCCUAUCGGCUCGGUGCUUCGGUGCGGUCAUGUGGGCAUGGACCUCCUGGGUAUCUACUGGAGACGCUGAAGCUGUCGCCUUCGUCGACGACAGGAGCUUUUGGAGUUCUUCUGGAACUGGGCUGCUGGAGUGAGGAAGUCGAUGUGGCCUUUCAGUUUCGCUGCGACACCCAUGGCCGGUUCCUUUGCUACGCCUUUCGGCCGUCGCUGGACAUCCUGGGCAUCGUCGUGGACAUCGCUGGCAGAGCGCCUCCUGUGCUGGCGCGGUACGCCCGCGACGUUGCCAACGUCCGUGCGCAGUGCAUCAACGCGGUCGCCCAUGGCAUGUGGCAGCGGUCCUUUCACAUAAAGUCUUUGGUCAUGCCGAUGCUUUGCUGGGCAGGGGCAGUGGCUUCCAUCCCCGCUGCUGAGGUCACUAGGCUCGGAAACUCCAUCCUGGCGGUGACAAACUUCAAGCAUGCAUGUGACACUCCGGCCAUCGUUGUGUGGGAGAUCAUGGGAUGGGAAUGCCCCCGGUCUGGCUGGAGGUCCUUCGUGAACUUGGCUGGUGGACGGAUCGCAUGGGCACUGUCAUCCGGCACCGUGACUCUGUGGGAAACCUUCGCUGUUUCGAGCUUGGGGUGGACUCUCCUGACGUUCUUUGCGAGUGGUUGCGUGACUGGCACAGGGCUCGGGCUUUGGCUUCCACCAACAGGGUCGCUUCCUCUCUUCAUCGGGGAGACCAGGGACUGGCCAGAGGUGUUUUACUUCCCGGAGUUCCUCGUGGCAGUUUGGUCUUGCUUCGAGGCCACAAGGAGGCUUACGGUGCGGACAGUCGCGUCCACGGAAUGCUCAGUGUGGGCCAAGGCGGCCAAGCAAGGCAUUGCUGUGUCGCUCAUGCCUCCUUGUGAACGCCCCACCUGCUGUGGCAGUGCCCGGGAGACAGCAUCGCUUCGCCCUCGUACGCAACGUUGCGCUGCACCUGUGAAUCGAUGUGAGGAGCGACUCCUCGCGAAGGUUGUGCCCGAACAGCCGCCUCCGCCCGCGGUGGUGGGGCGGGACGACACCAUCGAGGCCCUUGCGACUCAGCUGCACGUUCUCUUUGAGGAUUCUGCCACUCUCUAUGUCGGCACGGAUGGCAGCACCGUCACUGAGGUAGGUGCCUGGUCGGUUGCAGUUCAGGGUGGAGAGACCUUCGCCUGCGGCAUCUGUGCCGAGGACCAAUCCCCGUACCGCGCUGAGGUUGAGGGCCUUUUGGGCUUGUUGGAAGCUGCGCAGAUGUGCCGACGCCGUGGCUCCAUUGUCGUCAUUGUCGUCGUCUGCGACUGUCAAGCUGCCUUGUUGGCCCUCGACGGCAAAGGUCAGUCCUGCAUGCUGGUCCAGCGAGUUCGAGAGCGUCUUCACUCUUGCAUCUCGAUGGGUUUCUUCUUGUCUUUUUACUGGGUGCCGAGCCAUGGCAAGAUGGCCCCACCACGGUGGUUGGUGCCUCCUGGCGGCGAGAUGUUGGCCCGCGCCCUCAACAGUCGCGCCGAUGUCGCGGCUCGGGCUUGCGCGUCCAGGCGGGCUGCAGGAAGUGGGCGUGAGCGCUGCCAUGCCGCGCGUGCUGAUGCCUUGGUGUGGGAAAGGGCUGCGAUUGAUGGCUUGUCGUCCAUCGCUGCCCAUUACGACGACGUCGAGACCAUCUUCGAGAACUGCACACCGAUGACUGUCUGGGUGGCUUACAUACACAGCGAACAACGAGUCCGCGAGGUUACACAACGAGAAGUUCACAAAGUCCGAGAUGACAUCGACUCCUUACGUGAACAAAUCGAUUUUGAUCGUGUCCCCAGCAUCGCUUCCGAAGCACUACGACAACUCUGCGACAAUGUCUUGUUGACACUGUCGUGGGAAAUCGACCAAGACUGCGCCAACUUCGCACACGACAAGUUUGGGUCUGUGCCGAUGGGAGAUGUUUCACAUUUCCAAGUCGACGAAGUCUACGACCUCAUACAAAAGAACGUCGCCCGCCCACAAUUCAUUUUGCUUGUCCCCGCGGGACCGCCAUGCCCCGAUUUCUCUACAAUGAGACAAGACCCACCGGGAUGUGAAGGCAGCUCCGGUUGGCUCUUCCAGCACAUGUUGGAGAUCGAACGCCAGAUCAGACAUAAAUUCCGCGGCAACCCCGUCGAAACGGUCAUCGAGAACGUCGUGCCAUGGAACCGAUUGUCGUCGACGCGGCGGGUGGCAAAAUGGUACAUCGGAAACGCCUGUGGUGGACAUCCGCGGACUGGGAAGACAUCGAGAACAAACUUUCCAAAUGGUCACAGGACCACUGACGACGGGUGGCGCCGAUUACACAACCCGAUGGCUCACGAAUUGCAGAGACCGAUCUUAACAAUUGGCUUCUCAGUACCAACUUGCCUACAACGUGAAAAGAAACUAUUCCACUGCCUGACGACGCCGUCCAUCGAUCCACAUGGUAGGCAGAUCACCAACGAUACCCACCGUGGCAGUAUGAGGACCAAUUUUUGGUACAUUGGAUACACCGAAUCUCUGGCCUCCGGCGAUGAGACUAAGCGAGACAUCGCGUUGGGAAACGCUUGGCAUCUCCCGACAGCGAUUUGGCUUCUCUUUCUCGUUUUGCUGGGGACCGCGGAGGUCCGACAAGACAAGAAGUACCUCCGACCGACUCCCAUCGAAGAAUUUCGCAACAAAAAUCCCGAGUACAUCACGGACAAGAUCGACAAGAACAACAUCGAUGACCAUUGGGAACUCAUACUUGACGAGAUCAGAAGUCAAGAUGGGUCGGAUGAACGGUCCCUCCGCGACGCCGAAAUGGUGGCCAGCCCCGGAGGUUGCGCCGGAUACGCCGAGGGGAAGAUUGGCGACGAAGUGGACACAACGCAACCUGCACGAUGCAUGACCAACCUUACCGCCACGCGCCGGACCACUUCGUACCCCUCGGCCUUGCACUCCUCGAAGGACAACGACAAACGCACCUUCGAGUUUGGGGACAUGACCACGACGGAGCUUACCGCCAACCACAACGUCCUCCUGUUCGGCUCGGCAGCUAGCGUUUGGUCUUACAACAGGUUCGGCGAUGUCCUUCUCGACAAGUACCUGACCACGAAUCGACUAUCUCCCGAAGAAGCACGGAAGAUGGCGGGCAAGUGCUACUUCCUCACGGGGAGAUUCGCCAACUCCAACACGUACAACAUCGACAAACCAACGAGGUCGUCAUUGUUGGCACUCAAGGACAUCAUUUCCCAUCGCCAACCAAUGACCAUUCCGAGGAACCCGGUAUCUUGUGGCUACAGUGUCAUCGACACCGAUGCAUAUUUUAAAUUGGGAGGCCAGGUAUACCGCCCAGGCGAUGAAGACCUUCCCAAUUGGAACUCCGAAAAGACGAAGGACAUCGAGAACGGAUGGGCCGCAGUGUGUUUCCGCCAAGGCGAUGCACAUGACGCGGCCUAUUUUCAGGGACGAUUUCCCUCCGUUCUCUUACAACAAUUUUCGUCCGACCAAGCCUUUAUCCACUUGCUUGAGGCGUGGGCUGCAAUCCUUGCCCCGUUGAUCUUCGCUCCCUGGUUGGGAAACUUCUACAUCCAGUGUUGCGACAACGAGGCAUCCCGGCACGCCCUGAUCAAGGGC